AUGGCUACCUUCAAAAUGUCUAGCAGGGUGCCAUCUCUUGUUGGCUUUACGGCCUUACUCCUACCACUCCUACCCGUGGUUCCUGGCACCUUCAUACCACCCCCUCCAAAUCCAGAGGCAAUCGAGGUCACCGAGCUUCGAUUGCCUCCAGCCAUUACGAGCCAUGAAAUUGGCGCUUGCAGUGAUGAGAUGAAUCCGCACCGUACAGGCUGUAUUCACCAGACCACAAACUUGCUCGGAGGAGGUUUCACUCCAGAUGGCUUGGGGGUUUGGGCUGGUAUGGACUUUGCUGGUGCACCAGAGUCGCCCGACCCAGGCAACAUUUACAACGGCACGCACUUGGUGUUAAUCAAAGCUGACGGCUCAAACUUCACCAAUGGGGACUCGUGGAAGUGCAUCACUUGUGGUGUACCAAAGGAGAACGGCAAAUUCAAUGACGGAGAUCAUCUUGAAUAUCCACAAGCCUUCAAAGAUGGGACUCGGGUCCUAGCUGGAAGCUACAUUAUCGAUUGUGGCGGAAUCAGCUUUGCCAGUGAAGAGUGCACGCCCAAGCAAGUACACAUCUACCCGAUCUAUUGGCCAGUCACAGUGGAUGGAACUGGAGCAAGUGGUUCCAUUCGCGAACUGCGUUUGCAUCCAGAUGAUGUCCAUCUGGCCUGGAGCUCAUUGAGUAGCGCUGGGCAGACAGCCUUUGUUGGUCGACUGAGCUUGAAUGAGUUGCCCACGACCGGAAUUCCAUUGGCACCAAGAUAUGACCUCACUCAUGUCAACGUCCUGUUCGACCCGAGCCGCAGUAGUUCGAUUACUGUCGAAGGUGGCAAGAUGCAGAUCAGACCUGACGCCAUUACUAUCGGAGAGGUCCGUGGCUUCAGCGGCACUGGUGCUGAAGUCACCUACGUUGGGUAUCCCGCCGAGUCGUGUAACAUGGACGUCUUCGCCAUAAAUCUCUACACGGGAAAGAUUCGUCGAUUGACCAGACAUCCGGAAUACGCCGAUCCAGUUGAUAUUUCCCCCGAUGAUAAGUGGACUGCAGUUAUGGACACUCGUGGCAGCAAUCGCCAAAUGUUCAUGGCAGGUAUGAGGCAAAUUCCACCAGUCAUCGACCUGCUUGUGACAGCGGCGGCCUCUUCCACUCGCAAUAAUGGAGAGAGGCGCUUUUUUCAGCCGUAUUUGAUCGACAGUUACGGAGAUCGUGGGUCGUACUUCGGGCAACAGAUCAAUGCAGCUGGGAGCGGCAUCCCGGGCAGUGGUGCCAUCAACGAUCCGGAGUGGAAUGGAAGGGCUGAUCCCAAGUGGUCGCCUGGAGGGAACCGCAUCGUCUACUUCCAGGCACUGACUCUGUCUCCUGCUUGUGGAGGCGAGAACCCACUCCCAUGCUACUCAUCCACUGCAGAGGGUGGACGUGACCGUCGUCUGAUGGUUGCUGAUCUGGUUAGUCGACAGCCUAAGGAGCACCCGCCAGUUGAUCUCCUACCCGACACUAUCCCCUGGGCGAUUCCAUACGAGCUUGGUAGCGCUAUGCCAGUGGCACUGCGUCCUCCGAGAGGAAACUUCACGCUAGAGGGCUUGGAGACGGGAUCUGCAGAUGUCAUGAUUGUGGAGGAUGAUUCCAGGACAAGCAUCACCACUGUCAGGGUCACUUAUCAUGAAUUUUCCAACGACGGGCUUCUCUUCUUGAAUGGGAACGAACAAGUGACGUAUAGAGUGGAAGGAAAUUCUCUUCCGAUACUGGAGUGGCAUUCCAACCUCACCCAGCAUGGAGAGACUAAUGGUACAAAGAUGACAAGUCCGGGAGGGUUCUUUUUGACUGUUGAUAUGUUUCACAAUGUAUUUGAAGCGAAUGGAACACUAACCACCACUCUGGACGGUGUUGUAUACACCCAACCUCAAAAUGGAGCCUAA